UGAUGGAAGGAGUGGGGGCUUAUUGACUGCAGUGAACUGCGUGAGUGUGAGGUGGGCCAUGAGGAUUCAGGGAUUAUUUACCGCUGCUAAGUUGCUGGCACUGGUGGCUGUUGUUAUAGCUGGUAUUGUCCACAUUGCAGGAGGAAACACGUCCUAUUUCAACGAGCCGUUUGACGGAGACUACAAUGUGGGGAGCAUUGCUGUUGCUUUCUAUUCCGGCCUGUUCGCCUUCGGAGGCUGGAAUUUCCUCAACUUCGUCACAGAAGAACUUCAGGAUCCAUAUAGAAAUCUCCCUCGAGCCAUCUGGAUUGCAAUGCCAGUUGUGACGUUGAUAUACUUCACCGCAAACAUGGCCUACUUCGCUGUCGUGUCCGGAGAAGAGAUGCUUUCUUCUCCUGCCGUGGCGAUGACUUUUGGCAAUAAGAUGUUCGGUGAACUCCGCUGGGCAGUUCCAGUGUUUGUGGCAUUAUCCACAUUUGGCGGUGUGAAUGGAAUUCUCUUCACAUCAGGUCGUCUGUUCUUGUGUGGUGCUCAGGAGGGACAUCUACCGUCUUUCUUCUCAUUCAUUCACAUACGCAACUUCACACCAGUACCUUCCCUCAUAUUCACUUGUCUGAUGUCUCUAGUUAUGCUGUGUAGCAGUGACGUGUUUGAACUGAUCAACUACUUCAGCCUCAUCCUGUGGCUCUCAGUAGCGGCAUGCAUCGUGGGAUUACUGUACCUCCGUUACAGUAAACCUAACAUUCCACGUCCAAUCCGGGUCCAUCUAGCACUGCCUAUUUCAUUUCUAAUUUGCUGUAUCUUUUUGAUAUGUAUACCAGCAGUGGUAGAGCCAGUAAAUACAGGAAUCGGGCUUGCAAUUACUCUGACUGGAGUACCAGUAUAUUACAUAUUUAUAAAAUGGAAGAACAAGUCAAAAGCAUACGACACAGUUUUCAAUAAGGUCACAUUUGCAUUGCAAACUCUGCUGGAAGUGGUUUCACCAGAAGAGGAAGAGAGAUUACUUGGACCUACAGAAACUUAGAAUUCAAUUUCAUACUCUGUAGAAACUGCAACAUUCCAUGUCAACUGGUCCAGAUUUAAGAGCACAUUUACCUAAGAUUAUGCCCAGAACCCACAGUUCAUUCUCUGCUCGAAGCAUCAAAUUGGCAAGUCUCAACACAUGGGAUAUUUGCUGUGCAUAAAUGUAUGUUCUUAAGAGUAUAUAAUGGACCACAAAGACAAAACAACUCUGUCCAGUGUGACUAAUGGAGUUUUUAUUACUUGAAAUCUCAAAGCCCUUACAUGUUUCGGUCCUUAUAGACCAUCAGAGUGAACAUCGAUACUUUGUUUUUUGGAAACUACUAUCACAAUGGGUGUUUUGGGUGUUAAAACACAUAUACAUACAAUGUUUGUAAUG